UACCAAUUCGCGCCCCUUAGCGCGGUCACCAGCCAUCCGCGUCCAUGCAAAACCUCUUCAAGUGAAAAGAGUUUGUUGGUCCAUAAACCCUAGCUGAAGAGCAGCAACGACAUUGCCAAUAAAAAGAAAACAAAAGAAAAACAUAAAAUUAGGGUUUUUCUGCAAUCGAUCUAAGACGAUGAUAUCCGUUGCAGCUGAACCAGAAGCAGCAACAGCUGCAUCGGAGGCAGCAACAACUGCAUCAGAAGAAGCAGCAACUGUAGAAGAAGAAGCAGCAGCAGACGCAAAUGAGGAAGAGGAAGAGGAAGAGGAGGAGGUGUGGUCUUCCUCAGAUUCUGAAAUUGGGGACGCUCUCGACUGGCUGGAUUCCAGAUGCGGAUCCAACGGAAGUGCCGACACUUCCGCCACAUUCUCUCUUGCGUCGAGGCGUCCCAAUGCACAUGGCGGCCUUCUCUCCCGUCCGCUCCAGCCAAUCUCCAAUCGCACUCAGAAAUUCUCUAACCACAUCCGCGCUGCCCCGUUAGAGGAAUGGGAGGGGAGGAUGAAUGUUGGCAUGUCAAAUUCAGUAACAACUGCAAUUCGCUCAAGUGUUCGAGAGAUGGCCAUAGGGAGAACUAAAACUACUGAGAAAGCAGACCGUGCCACUGUUGAGCAGGCCAUUGAUCCAAGAACUCGUAUGGUUUUGUUCAAAAUGCUGAAUCGUGGUGUGUUCCAUGAUAUUAACGGCUGCAUCUCCACUGGGAAAGAAGCAAAUGUUUAUCAUGCAACCAAAGCUGAUGGUCAAGAAUUGGCAAUCAAAGUGUACAAAACUUCUGUUCUUGUAUUUAAGGACAGAGAUCGAUAUGUACAAGGUGAUUAUCGUUUCAGACAUGGCUACUGUAAGCACAACCCCAGGAAAAUGGUAAAGACUUGGGCAGAGAAAGAAAUGAGAAACCUAUUGAGGAUAAAGGCAGCAGGAAUCAGGUGCCCGUCACCUAUUCUAUUGAGGCUUCAUGUCUUGGUAAUGGAAUUUAUAGGAAAAGGAGGUUGGGCUGCACCUCGUCUUAAGGAUGCGGCUUUAUCUGAAGACAAGCUACGCGAAGGUUAUGUUGAGAUGAUCAUAGCAAUGCGAACAUUAUACCAGAAGUGCAAACUGGUGCAUGGAGACCUAAGUGAAUAUAACAUCCUUUAUUUUGAGGGUCACUUAUACAUUAUUGAUGUCUCUCAAUCGGUGGAUCUCGAUCACCCUCAUGCAUUAGAUUUCCUGCGAGAGGAUUGUCUUCAUGUUUCUGAUUUCUUUAGAAAACAUGGCGUGGCAGUUAUGACAGUUCGAGAACUAUUCGAUUUCAUAGUUGAUCCAUCUAUUACUGAUGAAUCUGUGGACAGCUAUUUAGAGAAGAUUCAACAAAAGAUUUUGGAAAGGGGAAGCAUAUUAACCUCAGAGGACGAAAUUGCAGAAUCUGUAUUUGUGCAGUCGUUCAUUCCAAGGAGAUUAACAGAGGUGAAGGACUAUGAGAAGGACAUAGAUCGCAUCACAGGCCACAAAAACACGGAGGGCAUUUACUAUCAGACUAUUACGGGUAUGACCCAGGUUCUUUCACGGGUCCCGGACAACCCCAAAGAAAGUACCCAGCAGCAACAAAAGGAUUCGACAGAAACUGGCCAUGAGGAGUCACCUAUCGAUCCAGCCUUACAGACUAACCCUGCAGAAGAUGGAGCAGGAACUGAAACAGAAACAGAUGAAGAGGACUUGAGUGAGUCACAAGGGAAUGAAUCGGCAUCGGAAACUGAAACCAAGGCACCUGUUGAUAAGAAAGCUGCUCGGAAAGAGAACAAGAAGAAAGUGAAAGAAGAGAAGAGGGAGGCUCGCAAGACGAAAGUCCCCAAGGCUGUAAAAAAGAGGAAAAAGAAGCUGGCCAAAGCCAACUCCAAGAAGUAGCUGACUUUGUCCUUACCAGCUGGCUCGAAGAUGGUUGAAAAGUAGAAAAAUGAAGAUGGUGGGCAGGCUGAUAAUUAGUUUAACUGCUUAUUUUGGGAAAUUUUGUUAUCAGUUUUGUGGAGGCAUCUGGUUGUGAUUUGCUGGUAUUUUAUUUUUGAAGCUGCGGAGUCCAAGCUUUAUUGGAUCAUGUUUUGUCAAGCGCGCUCCAGUGGUACUGGUACCACCAUAAGCCUAUGGUGGUACCGGGCAGAAGUGGCAUGCAUGCGUCGCAUGAAUGAAAUUCAACUUUGUCCAUCAAAUAUGCGGUGAAACCAGAUAUUAUCUGCUUUAUUGCUGAUUU